AAACAUUCCGAUCGGAAUGAGCUAAUUCACUUGGUGCAAUAACAACACUUUCACUCGCUGGCCAACCGGGAUUGCAGAACUCAAUGGAAAUUUUGUUUAAAGUGGUGAAGCAAACCAGCGAGAUAGAUACCGGGGCAUUUGGCUGCAGCUGAGUGCUUCAGCUGGAGUUUGGUUACUGAGGGCAGAGGUGCUCCUUCUCUGCCUUCACUAAAAGAAGAGUAGUGACCUUGAGAUGGAAAAGUGCCAAGAACUCAGACCGGUUGAGUUGAAGGACGGUAUCUUGUGGCUUGAAGGAAUGCCAGGAGAUUUUGUGGAAGAUUGUCUCAGUUUUUCACGCAAGGACACCGUGUUAGUGCAGGAUAAGCGUCACAAACUACUAGUAUUCUCCAAUGAAGAGAAAUGUGAAACAGCGGAAUUUCGUGACCUAAAUAAGAAAGAGAAAACUAAAGCAAUGAGGCCUGGCAAUUUAGUGAAUGGCAUCGAAUUUGAUAUAAUUUACUAUGAGUCAACAGAGUGUACUAAAGGUUGUAAUUUCCGGGAUACCUCAUUUCCAGUUUCCUUUAUAGUGCAGUGCAACUCAAAGAGAUAUCAGAUGUCAUGCAGCAAGUCCAAAAGUAUCGAGUUUCUGGAGCAGAAUACUUCAGACGAAGAAACAGUGGAUGGCAACAAGCGCAACAUCAUAUUCUACAGGAAUUACUUGGGACAGUUCUCAAUGUUUGAAUCCGACUUUGCACGUGAUUACUGGCUGUGCACAGAGUUUGAAAAUGGACUUUAUAAGUUAGCAUUAAAGAAGGUGACGACUUCGGGGGAUAUUGAUGAAGAAACACAUCUGGAGUUGUCACCAAGUCUGGGAAAGAAGAAUACUAGCAGGAGCAGACAGGCCAGUCUCCCGAAAACAAGCUGACACUGCUAUUUCAAAAAAGAUCAUUGCAAAAGCGGUUUCCAGGGGUUAGUUAUACCUGUUGGUUACGUUGUGAACAUUAUACAUUUGUUUCUCAGCUUCUGUCGCUUGCUGCCCAGAUUUAUUCUCAGAGCUGUUGCCAAAGUUCUCAGGAUCAAUUGGCCUUUCAGAUGAUUUCUGUCAACAUUGUACUUUAGUGAGAAAAAAACGCUGCAAAAAAGCUGGCAAGUUGAGGACAACUCUAAGAAUAAGCUAAUGAUGUGUGACAAUAGGAAGUCCAUUCCCAAUGCUGUCUAACUUGAGUUCUAGUUAUAAGCUCAAGCAUUUUUGGUUUAUAAAAGCAUAAUUAUUGUUGAGUAGCUGGCCUUGGGAAACAGGAGUCCAGCAGAAGUUAUGAUUUACUAAGGUGUUAACUUGUUAUUUUACUAGUUGAAAGUGCUUUAAAAAGUACAGCUUUUAUUGUAGAGAAGGAAUAAGUUCACAUUUUAAUUGGAAACUUUUUCAGAAACUGGAAAUUAGAUUAUACUGAGGUAUUGUGUCAAUUACUUUUAAACAUUGAACACAGGAAAAUACCUGUAAAGUUACUCAACUUAUAUUAUAUUAUAUUUAUAAUUAUAUUUUCUCACUCAUUUUGUCUUUGUAUAAACACUUGCAGAUAAUUUUGUUAUGGUUCUUUUCAAAAUUAAAACUAUUUCAAAAAAGAUCAUUGCAAAAGCGGUUUCCAGUGGUUAGCUAUACCUGUCAGUUACGUUGUGAACAUUGUUAUAUGUUUGUUUCUCAGCUUCUGUCGCUUACUGCCCAGAUUUAUUCUCAGAGAUGUUGCAAAAGUUCUCAGGAUCGAUUGGCCUUUCAGAUGAUUUCUGUCAACAUUGUACUGUCGUGAGAAAAAAAUCCUGGUAUUUGUAUACAGCCUUAAUAUGAGAAAUGACCCACCAUUCAUUCACUAACAAUGGACUAUUUUGACCUGUAGUCACUGAUGGUGUGUAGCAGCAAAAUAACAAGAAACAAUAAUGGAGAAUCAUCAGUUGACUUAUUCUGCUUGAUAGGGCUGAAUAGAUAUUUUUCCCUUAGCAGGCAGCUCCAGAUCCAGCUCAAAUUCUCAGAUUAUGGUCACUGUUUUCAAAUCCAUCCAUGACCUUGCCCAUUUCCUAUCUCUCCAACCUACUCCACCCCACAACCCUCUGAGAUCUCUACACUCCUCUAAUUCUGGUCUCAUGUGCAUCCCUGAAUUUAGUUACUCCACCAUUGGUGCUAGCGCCUUCAGCUGCCUAGUUCCCAAGCACUGGAAUUCUCUUUUUAAAAAAUUUCCACCAUUACCUUUUACUUGUGGUAAUGAUUUCUAAGAAGAUUGUCAGUAAGGGGUGUGGAGAGAGGGAGAUAGCCAAGAGACCACAAGGUACAAUCCAGAAACAAGAGAGCCCGAGGGAUGGAAGGAAAAUUGGUUUGGUGAUUCAGCAUAGAAACUUGCUCUUCUACUGUCUGAACUUAAUAGUAACUCAAAUCCCCUAGGCCAUGCAGACUACUACGCCUUGUGCAUCAUAUUGACCAAUCCAGGUAAUGCUUGUGUAUUCCUGGAAGGGAAAAAACAAAUAUGUCUUUCACCCAGAAUCUGCUUUAUUUCAACUCAGACCAUUUCCACAUUCUGGGAUGUAACUCAGCAGGAGAUGGUUUCUGCUGAGAUGUGGUAAUCAGUCUGCAUUGUCUCCACAAACACAGGAGAUUAAAGUUUAGUCUUUUACAUUGUAUCUCUCCAUUUCAAGUGUCUCAGUCUGAAGUAGGCCUUGACACCUUUUUUUUUAGGUGCGGCAUUCUAUGUUCUCUCUGGAUGAGUCAGUCAAGUAUAAUCCACACAGGAAUUUUCCAGAAAGUGGUUACUUUACAUUCUCGCCAGCUUUUGCUUGUACAUCUUUUUUUAAAAACACAUAUCUUCCUUGAAAAUGUUCAAUAUGCCCGUAGGUAAAUUGGGGGCUGUGAUCUGCUGCCACAACAACAGUCAUGUCAUUAACUUAUCAAUUGGGAAUGUUUAACUAUGCCAUUGGGGAAUUUUAGUAUUUAUUAUAGUAUUAAGUAACAGAAUCUUAUGUAUGUGCUUGACAUCUUUUCUUUUGUUAAAAAAUAUUUUAAUUUAAAACUUUAAAACCCUAAAGUAGAUUCAUUACCUCUGAUUUCAAUGCUCAGUCUUCUCAUAAUAAACACAAAUUGCAAAA